UGAUGCAACCAAACAAACGCCGUAGUCUCAGAAUAGAAAACGUCAAAACCUUGUCCUCCUUCCCCAAAUAACAAAGCAGCCGUCAGUCAGUUACUCACAGUUGGAGACUCCAAUCCCUAAUUCCAAAUUCCAGUCCUCCUCUCUCAGCUCAUUUCACAUUCCAUGGCUUUGCAUGUCUAUCAUCGCUGAAGAUUUUGAAGAAUUGGAUGUAGACAUGCGGGGGUAAGUUUCAUCUUUUGACAGGGUGUAUAUUCUGUUGUUUGUGUAUGUGAGGGAAUCUUUGGGUGAGUUUGAAUUCUAAGUGAGCAAUGGAGUGCAACAAAGAUGAGGCAGAAAGGGCAAUGCAACUUUCGGAGGAAAAGAUCCAAAAUAAGGACUUUAAAGGAGCAAAGGAGAUGGCACUAAAGGCUCAACGACUCUACCCUCAGCUUGACAACAUUUCUCGCUUAAUUACAGUAUGUGAAGUUCACUGUUCAGCAGAAAAGAAGGUAGGGGGAUCAGAAAUGGACUGGUAUGGCAUUCUUCAGAUUCAGCAAUUUGAUGAUGAAGCAACGAUCAAGAAACAAUAUAGAAAACUUGGGCUGCUACUUCAUCCCGAUAAGAAUAGGUUUACUGGGGCGGAGGCUGCUUUUAAGCUGAUUGGGGAAGCAAACAGGGUGCUGACAGACCAAGGAAGUCGUUCUAAAUAUGACAUCAAGUUGAGCGCUUUAACUGGUACCAAAUCAUUAGGUCAUCAGUCAUAUUUUAACUUCUUUGGACCCAAACAUUCCAGUGCUGCAAGCAGCGUUCCGAAUAUUCCUCAGUCACGUUACACUAGUGUGAAUUUACAUCAGCCGGUGAAUGUACAACAACCGGUGCAACCAGACACAAUCAAGAUAGCUUGCCCCUCGUGUAAAAGAAAGUACGAUUACAACUUUGCAAAUCGACUCAUAUUUUGUCAAAGAUGCCUAGGAAUCUUUGAUGCCUCUGAUUUGGGUCCAGAAUCUCUUGGGAAUCCAGUAGCUCCAAGUCAAGGUUCUUCAAAAGAAGCUUCACAAAGUAAUGGAGGGACUGGAUACCCAUCUUCAACAACUAAUGGAAAUGCAACGUCAAAGGCGGCAAGUGCUACUGAAGGUGGUGGAGCCUCUAGGACUGUAAAGAGAGAUAUCGAGAAUGGAGUUGGAAUUGAGAAGCAAGGGGUUGAAAGGUCUGAGUCUGGUCCACUGAAGUCAAAGAAUUCAAGAAAAUCAAGAAACAGAAAAAGAGGAGAGAAUACUUUUGAUUCUGGUGAAAGUUCCAAGACUGGAAAAGAAAAGGUUGGUAUUCCUUCUGAAGUCUGUGAGCGUCACACCAGGAGAUCUUCAAGGAGUAUGCAUAAUCAUUCCUUUUAUGAAACUGUAAAUGAUGAUGAUGAUGAUGAUGAUGAUGAUGAUGAAAAUGAUGAUGAUAUUGGCAAUGUCAAGGUGAAUGAUGAUGUCAAUGUGAGUAGGGAAAGCCCAUUUCCCACUGCUACUAGAAAGAAGAGGGCUAAUGCAUCUGUGGAUGGUGGAGUGUAUAGGCAAACUGUCUUGGCCCUUUGUGCUAUGGAUGAGUAUAGGAAAUUAGGAAAACAAAGAGUGAGGCGCAAAAGAAGCAACACUGAUGAAAUUGAGUUACAGGUAAAUGAAUUAUCCAUGGCAGAUAGCAAUGGCAGCAAGUCCGUGGCAGAUAACAGUGGCAUCAAGUCCGUGGCAGAUAACAGUGGCAGCAAGUCCGUGGCAGAUAACAAUGGCAGCAAGCCCGUGGCAGAUAACAAUGGCAGCAAGUCCGUGGCAGAUAACAGUGGCAGCAAGUCCAUGACAUCCAGGCGAAAGAUCAUCGAGGUUCCUGAACCUGAGUUCCAUAGGUUUGUGCUCAGUAAAGAUGUGUUACAGAAAACUUUUAAAGCCAAUCAAACAUGGGUUCUUUAUGAUCCAGCAGAUGGCAUGCCAAGACGCUAUGCAUGUAUCAAGAAAGUCUUACACCCUGGAUUUAGGGUGAAAAUCACCUGGCUGGAGCCCGAUCCCGAUGACCAAGGUGAGGUUGAUUGGUGUAGCAAAAAGUUGCCAGUUGCAUGUGGUAAGUUUGGAUUUGCGCUCACUGAAGAAGUUGCAGAUCAUACUGUGUUUUCUCAUGAGUAUAUACACUCCACAAAAGGCAAGGAUAAAAGCUCUUUUCGGAUAUAUCCUAGGAAGGGAGAAACCUGGGCCCUCUACCAGGAUUGGGAUUUGGGGUGGAGUUCUGAGCCUGAAAAGCAUUCACAAUACAAGUUUUAUUUUGUAGAAGUCCUGUCAGAUUUUUCUGAAAAGUUUGGCGCUGGAGUUGCUUAUUUAGGCAAAGUAAAAGGAUUUGUUAGUUUGUUUGAGCCAGCUGAGCAGCAGGGGGUUCUCAAGUUUCAAGUUCCACCUAAUGAGUUGUAUAGAUUUUCUCAUCAAAUUCCCUGUUACAAGAUGUGUGGUAGUGAAGGAUAUGGUGUUCCUGCUGGUUCUUUUGAGUUUGAUCCUGCUUCUUUGCCUGCCAGUCUUUUCGAUCGAAGAAGCACUGUCACCAUAGCCAAACCUUCUGGCUUCUUACCUUCUGGUAGAGCUCGCCCUGCUAAGAAAGAGGUGAAGAAAGAUUCUGAAAGGGGAGGAGUCAAGAACGGGAACCUCAACGAUGAACCAAUUCUGAUAGACGUGAUUCGUAGACUUAAACCAGUAAUGGAGAGGAACAAAGGGGAGGCAGUCAGGGCUAUGCAACUUUCAGAAAUGAAGAUUCAAGAGAAUGAUUUUGCUGGAGCAAGGGAAAUGGCACGAAUAGCUCACCGACUCUACCCUGAGGAUGAGAACAUUUCUAAAUUACUUGCACUCUCUGAAGUCUACUAUUCAAUUUUUGAAUCUGGUGAAAGCUCCGAGACUGGAGAUACUGCUAGAGAUGAUUUUGAGCAAUUUAUCGAAAAGGUCAGUAGUCCUUCUGGAAAUCUAAAUGAUGAUGACGACGAUGAUGAUAGUGAUGAUGGUGAUGAUGAUAGUGAUGAUGAUUAUGAUUAUGAUGACGAUGACGACGACGACGAUGACGACAAUGAAGAUGAUGAUUAUGAUUAUGAUGGCAACAAUGAGUAUGAUGAUCAUGAUGAUGAUGAUGGUGAUGACGAUUUUGUGAUUGCUCCCAAAAGGUUGAGGGAGAGACAAUUGAAGAGUUAUACUGAGAAGGAGGAGAAGAAUGCAGUGGAUGGUGGAGUAUCUAAAAGUGUUGUGAGUCGUCCAAAAAGGUUGAGGCACAGCCAAUUCCUCAGUGUUAUUAACAGAAUGCAUGACACGUUUAAGGAUCAUAAUUCUGGCAGUUCCAUUAAAAGCUCCUCUACCCCUCCAUCGUCAUCAGCUGCUCAAUUCUAUGACUUCAAUGCACAAAAGUCAGAGGAGAAGAUUAGGGUUGGUCAAAUAUGGGCGCUGUAUGGUGAUGGGAAUGGAAUGUCUAAGACCUUUGCUCAAGUUAAGAGGAUUAAUGUCAGGCCAAACAAAAGAGUUCAGAGGACUGUGUCUUCGGGGCAUUUUUAUUUGCGAAUGGGAUUGCUUGAACCUUUCUUGGAACCCAAAAACAUGGUUGAGCCAGUGUGUUGUGGGACAUUUAAAGUCAAACGAGCUCCACCUACACUUUUCUCCCUCACUUCAUUAUCUCAUCGUGUAAAAGCCAGACUUUUGGGCCAGAAUAUAUUUGAAAUAAUUCCUAGGAGAGGUGAAGUGUGGGCACUAUACAAGGAGCACAAUCCACUGGUGACCUAUCCUAACAUGGGGAAGGGUGAAUGUCUAGUGGUGGAAGUGCUGGAAGUUCAGCACCAGAGUACAAAGAUUGUGGUUCUGGAACAGCUUAAUGCAUUUAAGUCAGUUUUCAAGGCUCCAACAGUGCAGUGUACCAAAACUGGUGUCAUUGAUAUACCGCAGGCUGAGUUGGGUAGAUUCUCUCACCAGAUUUCUGCUUUUAAGCAUACCAAGGUGAGUCACAGUCGACUUGCAGGGUGUUGGGAGCUUGAUCCAUUAUCAGUUUCUGGUUAUGAGAAAGAUGGUGUUCCCAAAUGUUUCUUUAAUUGUGAUCCUGCUUCUCUGCUUAACAAUCCUGACUACUCCUGUGACCUUGGUGAUUUGAAAAUGGAUAAAAGAAGCAUGAGUACUGAAACUCAUGGUUUGUCUGGUGAGUUACUUGAAGGUGCAGUUAAAUCUGUAAUAGGUUCUGCGAGCAUAGAAACAGGUAUGAGACAGGAGACACCUUUUGCUGAAAGAGAGACUUCUGAGAAAGUUGAAUCACGAGUUUGUCACUUCUCCUUCUUUGGUAAAGAUUUGGUGGAUUCCGUUAAGCUAGAAGCAAGUCAAUGUGUUAAUGCUGUAGACAGUGGCAUGCAUAUCGCAAAAGAUGGCAAUCUCACUCAACCAAAGGGAAGUGCUAUUCCAUUGUUGGGCUGAUUAUCAUUGAGAGAGCAUCGACACAACAAAGACUGAUAAAUAUUGUGAAGAUGACUUGCGAAACCCUUGUAGUUACCUGAGGCUGUAUAUAUUUGGCCAUAGAUAGCGGUAAAUGAGAUGAAAAGGUUGGGUUUUAGCAGCCAAUCUCAAAAACUUUUUAUGAUGUUUCCGAGUAACUGUAUCAAGGAAAUUCGUAGUUGUAUUU